AGGAUUAUAUACAGGAGAAGAAGCGCAGUGCCCUAUUGUUAUUGAGAUUCAGGCACGCCUUUCCCAAGCGCCAUUAUUUAGUUGCUUCUGGCCCCGUUGCCGCCUGGCUAGGGUCAAAGAAAGCUAGUAAGCCAGCCACCGCCGAAGUGACGUGAAGCACCCCUUCAUCUUCAGGUUUGAGUUUGGGUCUUUUUUUAUUCCGUAAAGCUGCUUCCGGACGAAAAGAACAUUUUUUGAGGCUGUGGUGCUUCGCCAGGAGACUACGUACUGGAGUGCGGUUAUUUUAUCGUUCUUGUUUUUAAUAUUGGAGGUGACAAAGAACGACCGAUGGUGCAGUUACCUGCAAACUUUGCUUUCGUUUACCACGUAUGGCUUAUGCAGCCUUCGGUGGUAAUAUUCGCAAGCUCGCACUCCUUGCUCGCCGUGCCAAUCAGCCGGAAUUUGUGGUACAACCAGCACCCUUUCUCUCCGAGCCUGCCAUACAGUGCUCCGUAUAGCUAUCCCGUGUCAACACGUCCCCAUGCUGCCCAAAUGACACACAAGCGGUGCAGGCAUAAUGUCGUCCCAGAUGAGGGCGGACACCAGGGCCGCCUUUCCUGAUGCGGCCUAUAAUAUCAUUGUGCAACCAAAACCAAUCGCCUCAGCCUCGAUUUGCAAACAGAGAGGCGAAGAGACGAGGCUGAUUCACGACAGGGGGCGAUUUCAACUGCACGAAGCCUCUCAUGCUUGCAUGUUGACAGUGUCGCACUUCUUGACAGCAUAGAACGUGAUCUCAUCACACGGCAGCACGUACUAGCGUGGUGAUCAUGGGUCGCCGGGAAUGUUUUUGCACAGGAUAGCAGUAGCUUCCAAGACAUGUCUUUCAACUUGAACGGAUGGCCGGACAAAGAAGGACGCACUUUCAACUACAAUCCGACCUCGAUGCAGAUGUUAUGGAAGCGAAAUGAAAUCGCGAUCGACUUGAAUAUUCAGAGUGUGUCCGUGCGGCUGCGUCCUCAGAUGCAGGUAGGCGAAGAUCAAAAAGAGGGACGUACUGGUUAGCUCAUUCAGAAAAGCGAUUUGCCCUUGAUCUUGUCAUCUUCGUCAAUGCCAAAAAAAUGGAAAAUAGCUCCUCAUUUAUGUGAUGCAUCUAGCAAAUGCAAAUGGAUUCCUCUUGUUAGAAAUCGCGAACGAGGCUAGGCCCUUCAUCGCAGACCACGCAGGUGAACCGCUUGCCGUGUUGUACUCGUGAAAAUUAUUGCAGUUGCCGUAACCACUCGGACACAUUCAAUGUCGAUCAAGAAUUUCCUUUCACAAAAGUGUGGGCCUAACGCGAACGACAAGUUGCCCACAGACUACAACUCCGUGGGGCUCUGCGGCGAUCCUCGGCAGAACUCGAAGCAGUGCGGUGCCGAUGGGAUGAAAGUGAAUUCGAAAGAUCCGUCGCAAAAGUGGGACCCGGACGAUUUUGAGCAGCAGCCCAUGCGGUACGCACUGACGGACGUGGAUUUCGCCCUUGUUGCACUGUCCAGUCCCCACGCCAAUCAGUUUCGAGCCGGUCUGGCCUAUCACAUUGUAAUCGGCAUCGGCACUCACCACAAUGGAUUCUACGAGUUUUAUCUGUCCGACAAAUUGAUCGACCACGAACUUCCCAACGCCGAAGCCCAAAAAGCCCUGGACGAAAAUCCACUGUGGCGGUCCGACCCGAGCCUCCGGAAUUGCGGUGCCAAAAAGUCCGAUGCGGACUGCCAACCCCGACUUGCGGGCCAGGAAGGCCGGUGGUACACGCCUCCACUGGAAAAGGGAGAGCACACGUUUUCGAGCGAUGAGCAGGCGGAAACGGAUCUGCAAUAUGACCAACAGGUGCAAAGUUUCCAUUUCAUGUAUUACGACAUUCCCCGUAAUUUCGAGUGCCAACAUUGCACGCUGCAAUGGGUCUGA